UAUAAAGAGCAGCCAUUGUUUAACAGGGAAACCACCGCGUUUGACAAAAGGGGAUUAGACCGGUCUUCUAAAUUUGUUCUCUCCAUUCUCGAAGUAGUCUCACUUCAAACAGCCUUAGUUGAUUGAGCCUACAAAGCAAAUCUUGGUGCUUGGUUGAGGUAGUAAAGGAUCUUCUUGAGUCAGUUUCAUCUGUUAAAGGUAACCAACAUGGCUACACCGACAAGAAUUGGUCUUGCUGGGCUUGCUGUUAUGGGACAAAAUCUUGCUCUCAAUAUUGCCGAGAAAGGAUUUCCUAUAUCUGUUUACAACCGAUCCACUUCAAAAGUUGACGAGACUGUUGAACGAGCUAAAAAGGAAGGAAAUCUUCCUCUUUAUGGCUUUCAUGAUCCAGAGUCCUUUGUACUCUCUAUCCAAAAGCCCCGUGUCAUAAUCAUUCUUGUCAAGGCCGGUGCACCAGUUGAUCAGACCAUCAAAACCCUUUCUGCUUACAUGGAGAAAGGAGACUGUAUCAUUGAUGGUGGCAACGAAUGGUAUGAGAACACUGAAAGGAGAGAGAAAGAAAUGGCCGAGAAGGGUCUUCUUUAUCUAGGAAUGGGAGUUUCAGGCGGUGAAGAGGGUGCUCGCAACGGACCCUCACUGAUGCCUGGAGGCUCUUUUGAAGCCUACAAGAACAUAGAGGACAUCUUGCUAAAAGUUGCAGCUCAAGUCGACAGUGGCCCUUGUGUUACAUAUAUUGGUGAAGGAGGUUCUGGAAAUUUUGUUAAGAUGGUUCAUAAUGGAAUUGAAUAUGGUGACAUGCAGUUAAUUGCAGAGGCUUAUGAUGUGCUAAAAUCUGUUGGCAAGCUCUCUAAUGAUGAAUUACAACAAGUCUUCACGGACUGGAACAAAGGAGAGCUUCUGAGCUUCUUGAUUGAAAUCACAGCUGAUAUAUUUGGAAUCAAGGAUGAUAAAGGAGACGGGUAUCUUGUAGACAAAGUUUUGGAUAAAACUGGGAUGAAAGGUACUGGUAAAUGGACCGUUCAGCAAGCUGCUGAGCUGUCAGUUGCUGCACCCACAAUCGCUUCAUCAUUGGAUUCAAGAUUCCUUAGUGGAUUAAAGGAUGAAAGGGUUCAAGCAGCUAAAGUAUUUAAAGCUAGCGGGGUUAGUGAUAUCCUUGUUGACCAGUCCGUGGAUAAGAAUCAGUUGAUUGACGAUGUGAGAAAGGCACUUUAUGCAUCCAAAAUAUGUAGCUAUGCUCAGGGCAUGAAUUUGAUAAGGGCAAAGAGCGUUGAAAAAGGAUGGGAUUUGAAACUAGGGGAGCUUGCUAGGAUUUGGAAGGGUGGUUGUAUUAUCCGUGCUAUAUUUUUGGAUCGGAUCAAGGGGGCUUAUGACAGAAACCCGGAUCUUGCUAAUCUACUUGUGGAUGAAGAGUUUGCAAAAGAGAUGGUUGAACGACAGUCUGCUUGGCGAAGAGUAGUCUGCCUAGCUAUCAACUCGGGUAUUAGUACACCGGGUAUGUCUUCAAGUCUUGCUUACUUUGACUCGUACAGGAGGGAAAGACUUUCUGCCAAUUUGGUUCAAGCUCAGAGAGAUUAUUUUGGUGCUCAUACAUAUGAGAGGAUUGAUGUGCCGGGAUCUUACCAUACCGAGUGGUUCAAGAUUGCGAGACAGUCAAAGAACUGAGGUCUUUUGAUGUUUUCUUUUUAUUUGACCUAAUUGAAUAAGGUUCUUGUUGUCAUUGAAUCUGGGAGGUUAGAUUCUGUAGUAUCUGUCAUGUGGUCGCUCAAAUGUUGGAACUUUACCUAUAUUGUUGUGAAGCCUAUUUGUAUCUUUAAGGCAUUGGCCCUUUUCUUUCAUUUUUGUCCUUUAAGUUACAUAUGAUCAUAUGCAACCGGAGCAAGUAUUUGUCCAUGUGCUGGGGAAGCCUAUCAGAUCUUCUCCAGUCCUUUGUUUUGCAAUAUGAAUCUAUGAUGAUGUGCACUUCUCAUUUUCUUUUGUUA